AGUACUUCCUUGAAGCCUCAAAGAAAGCCUCAGAGAGUACUCAGAAGCCAAGGAAAGCUUCAGAGAGUACUCAGAAGCCAAGGAAAGCUUCAGAGAGUACUCAGAAGCCAAGGAAAGCUUCAGAGAGUACUCAGAAGACAAGCAAAGCCUCAGAGAGUACUCAGAAGCCAAGCAAAGCUUCAGAGAGUACUCAGAAGCCAAGGAAAGCUUCAGAGAGUACUCAGAAGCCAAGGAAAGCUUCAGAGAGUACUCAGAAGCCAAGAAAAGCUUCAGAGAGUACUCAGAAGCCAAGCAAAGCUUCAGAGAGUACUCAGAAGCCAAGGAAAGCUUCAGAGAGUACUCAGAAGCCAAGCAAAGCCUCAGAGAGUACUCAGAAGCCAAGCAAAGCUUCAGAGAGUACUCAGAAGCCAAGGAACGAACUGAAGAUUAUAUCAUUAAUACCUGGAGAAAAGUUUGAGUAUACCUUAA